AUCGGCAAAGGCGGCGACGGGGGCGACUGCUACCACCACAACGAUCGUCGUAGUAGUGAUGAUGGCGGCUGUGGUGGUGGGUGCGGUGCUAAUAGCGAUAUAGAGACGAUAGUAGUAGUAGUGAUAGUAGUAAUAGCAGUAGUAGUAGUAGUAGUAGUAGCAUAGAGGUUUUUCUAAUACACAACCGAUAUUAUUUAGUGACACAUACACACACACACAUGUAUAUAUUUAUAUAUACACACAUAUACAUAUAUACACAACAGUUUAAAGUAUAGGAGAAAAGAGAAGAAGGGCGACGAAGCUUUUGCUGUGUGGAGGACAGGGUUUUUUUUUUCCUCUCCACCACUAAUGGACAAUACGUCCAUUAUCACACAAGUGAGCAAUCCCAGAGAUGGAGACCAACAACAACAACAACUACACAUACAACAACAACAGCAGCAAUAUCAACAACAACAGCUACUACAACAACAACAAUAUAACAACACACUUCCUUCAUCGGAAAAAGACUCGACGACGCCAACGACAACAACAACAGGUUCCUUGAAAAAACCGCGACGGAGUGGCCUAUUGAAUAAAUUCUUCUGCUGUUUUGGUCCAAAAAACAGUGCUCCCAAAAAUUCUUAUCCAGUGCCUGCUGUGGAGCAAAACGGUAACACCAAACCUUGCAUCCAAUCGCCACCUACAAGUGUUGUGAAUCAACUAGGGGGAGAUAAUUCAUUGCCAGGAGAGCGAUAUUUAUUACCUGCCCUUAACAGCAACCAUCCUUUCAGGAAAUGUAUGGUAAUAGACCUGGAUGAAACCCUUGUGCAUAGUUCUUUUAAGCCUAUAGACAAUGCAGAUUUUAUUGUUCCUGUGGAAAUCGAGGGUACUACACAUCAAGUCUACGUUUUAAAGCGGCCUUAUGUUGAUGAGUUUCUCCAGAAAAUGGGAGAACUUUAUGAGUGUGUUUUAUUUACUGCCAGCUUAGCUAAGUAUGCUGACCCAGUUGCCGAUCUUCUGGACAAAUGGGACGUCUUCAGAGCUCGCCUCUUCAGGGAAUCUUGUGUCUUUCAUCGCGGAAAUUAUGUUAAAGAUUUGAGUCGUUUAGGGCGAGAACUUGAACAAGUGGUGAUUGUGGACAACUCACCAGCUUCUUAUAUCUUCCAUCCACAAAAUGCAGUUCCAGUCAGUUCAUGGUUCGACGAUGAAGAAGACCGGGAACUGUACGACCUCAUCCCUUACUUUGAGAACUUGGCCAACCUAGAAAGUGUAUACAGCAUGGUUAGGACCGCACAGAUGUCACCGGUUGAAGCGACAUAACACUACCCAUUAACCAGCCCCUACGGACAGAACCUUUGUUUUUUUUUUUUUUUUUUUUUUUUUUUCCAUUGCUAACCCUUCCUGCUGUUGGAGAAAUACUAUCAUACCCAUGCAUACUGCUUCUUGAUGAUGAUGAUGAUAACACCCUCCCCCCUCCCGAUCUUUCCCUUCUUGAUCCUUCUUUAUAACCCCAUUUCCCCUCCCUAAAUUCUCUCCCACUCCCCCACUUUUUUAUGCUCCUGUCUUUGUCUCCUCUCUCUCUCUCUCUCUUUCUCAUUUACUCAUUCAUUCUCUCUCUCUCUCUCUCUCUCUCUCUCAAGUACAGUAUGACUGACAGACAGAAAGACAGACUGUUGUAUGAAUGGUCAGCUGGACCUUACUACUUAGCUGGUUCGAGACUAUAGCCGUGUGACAGAAAACACAAGGUCUUGGACAGCUGUCAUUCGUACACACACACCAUACACACACACACACACAUACAUACACAUAAACACACUCCCCCCCAAACAUGCAUAUACACAACAUUGUAUAAAUAUAUAUAUAUGUAUGUAUGUGUGUAUAUAUAUGUAUAUGAUAUCAAAGUAUAUGCAAGGAACUUUGAAUUGAAAAUAGUAAUAGUUUUUACAUUUGGCAAUGAAUGACCACCACCACCACCUCUUUCAGGGAAAUUAAUAUUUCCUCUUCCCUCUCCUCCUUACUCUCUUUUAAAAGAAAAAAAAAAUUUUUAAUAUCUAAAAUGUAAAAUUUACUUAAAA